AUGAACAGCCAAUACAGUACUGCGUAUAAGUCCGUCCCUUACGAAAUAGUAUUUGGACAACCUCCACGUCUUGAUACGAAUUUAGCCAAUUUAUUUGAAAACAACCAUUUCUAUCCACCAACUGAAGAGUCGAGUUUGUUAUCAGAUAGUCAAACUCUAGUUUCUGAAACUGAUUCUCAAGAAUUGAAUAAUGAUGUAGAAAGUUCGGAAAUUGGUUCAAUUUAUUUUGAAGAAAUACGACAAGACAAUAGUGAUGUGAAUAAUAAUACAGAUGAAGAAAUAAAUAAAAUGUACAGCAAUAUGGAUGAAGAUGAAGCGCAAGAAAUGAAUACACAGAAUAAUUUUCUUCAAGAUUAUUCUGAAGCACGAAUUACUAGUAACGAAAUUAUUAUUAUUGACGAUUCUGAUAGCGAUUCUAAUGAAGAUCGGCGUUAUACUGUGCAAGAAAAAGCAAAAUGGAUGGCAUAUUCUGGUAACGAUACUGUUAAAAAUAGACCUGAUUACAAGCAACGGGUACUUUAA